GUUCUAAAUAUCUUUGAAGUGUCCAUAAAAUAUAAAUUGACCGACACAGAAAAAAUGCUUCGUAGAUUAACAUCAACGAAUCUAAGAAGCAUAUCAUUAAUUCAAAAGACUUUUAAACGGCACUACGACAAGGGGGACUAUGAUGCAACUGUUGAUAUACUAAAUGAAAACCAAGAGGGCAUGUUUGUCGAUACAUUUAACGAAAAUGGCAUAAAAUUAAGUAAUGGUAUAAGAAUUUUGGGUCCUUGCAUUCUGUUUCCCAAGUCCUUUCUUGCUUGGAAUAUUAGUGGUAUUGAAGAUGUUACUGAAGAAUCCCUUUCACUUUUUACUACUUUAGAGCCUAAAUUAGAUAUACUUGUUCUGGGAGUAGGAGAAAGUGAGAAUUUAAGCAAAUUAAAAAUGAAUGCAUUAACCUUUUUACGGAAACAUAAAGUUAAUUUGGAGUUAUUACCAACAGAGCAAGCUUUGGCUACUUUUAAUUUUUUAAAUUCUGAAAGACGUCUAGUUGCUGGAGCAUUUAUCCCUCCCACUUAUACAGAAACUCUUCUCACGGGAACUGAUGAAGAUGUAAAUAGGCUUUUAGCAAACGUUGGAGAAGGUAUUCAUCGACCAAUUUUAAAUUUAGUGCAAUUGUAGUUGAUAGAACCGUAAAAUUAGUUCAGAAAUUGUGGUUAACUAAAUUUUGUUUCGUAGAUGUUUUCACCAUGCCAAAAAUGCAAACGACUGUCGAUAAGAAGGAAAUUGAAGAAAUUCGAAAAUUGUUUUCUGAGAGUCGAAAACAAAUUGUGAACCAGAAAGAUUCGGAAUUGCCUGAAGAAGGUUCCUUAGCUUACGGCGUAAAGGACUUUGAUGAAAUAUUUGAGGAGAAGACAAAAGAAAAUAACGAAGAAAAGAAACAAGAUUCUGACUCGAAUAAGAAAAAUUCUUAGCAGAAUUUAUUUAGUUACUUAGUAUCUAUUACUGUUAUUUCUUAUUCAAAUCUAGACUGCAAAUGUAUGGUAUGUCGUUUGUGUAUAAAGGAAUUUGUUUACCUAAAAAAAUAAACAAUAAAGUUAAUGGUUCUAGAUUCUUUGAAAAAAAAACCAAACAAAAUUUUUCCCAGAUUAUAUUCUGAAUGAAUUGUAAAAUUGUCGUAAAUAGCUUGACAACUAUACGAAC